UCUAGGAAUGAUCUAGAACUGAUGUCACUCUGACUGGAACAGGACACUUGAUCAUUCCAGGGAAGCUCAUCACGUGACCCCACCCCCCCUUCGGGAUGACGACACGCGCGGCUUGGAGCGAGGGGCGGAAGUGACGAAGUGAAGCCCUCGUGGGUGACGUCAGUGCCCACCCUAUUGGUUGCUUCGUCACCGGCAGACAGAGUGAGAGUUGGCAGAGGAGUCCGAGGCCGGGGCACAAGGAACUGUCAGGGAGACAAGAGGGCACCGGGGCACCGCCGCCGCCAUGGGCGCCAGGGAGGACAGGACGGAGCGCCUGGGAUUCAGCCUGCAGAAGGAGAUCGUCUAUAACCGGCUGCUGCCCUACGCUGACCGCCUGGACCAGGAGUCCAACCGGCUGCUGGCCGCCAUCAAGAGCAGCCUGGGCCGCGCCGUGCACCUCCGGGAGCUGUGGCCGGGGGUCCUGUUCUGGAGCAGGAAGCUGAACACGUACAUUCGGCUUUAUGGCAGAAAAUUUAGUAAAGAAGACCAUGUGCUAUUCGUUAAGUUGCUGUACGAGUUGGUGACGAUUCCGAAACUGGAGAUCAGUAUGAUGCAAGGGUUUGCACGCUUGUUGGUGCAACUCUUAAAGUAAGUUGCACGUGUUUUUUUCAUUGCUACCAGCAAAAAUGUGUACAUAACACCCGUGAUUUUGUUUUAUUAAAAGUCCGCAGCUACAGAAAGCAUAGCCGCUGAC